AUGAUGGCACGAGUCACGGACAACGGAGCUGUCUCAGGAGGCAUUCGCAGUGGCCAACGGAGUGAAGCAGGGCUGCGUGCUGGCGCCUACCCUCUUCAGUCUUAUGUUCUCUGCCAUGCUGAUGGACGCCCACCGCAACGAACGCCCCCCCCCCCCGGGAUCCGCAUCGCCUACAGGACGGACGGUCAUCUCCUGAAUCAACGGCGGAUGCACUUCCAAUCGCGCGUAUCCACAACCACCGUUCACGAACUGCUCUUCGCCGACGACUGCGCCCUGAACACCACCUCAGAAGAGGAGAUGCAACGGAGCAUGGACCUGUUCUCCGCCGCCUGCGAGAACUUCGGUCUGGUCAUUAACACGCAGCAGACGGUGGUGAUGCACCAACCGCCACCCCACUCAGUCACAGCCCCCAACGCGCCGCCGCAAAUCAGCGUGAACGGAACCCAACUGCAAGUGUUGGAGAACUUCCCGUACCUGGGCAGUACUCUCUCCCGCAACACCAAGAUCGACGACGAAGUCGACAACAGGAUCUUGAAAGCCAGUCAAGCCUUCGGUCGCCUCCAAAGCACAGUUUGGAAUCGUCACGGUUUUCGGCUGAGCACGAAGCUGAAGAUGUACAAGGCCGUCAUCCUGCCGACACUACUGUAUGGAGCGGAGACCUGGACGGUGUACGCAAAGCAGGCACGUCGUCUGAACCACUUCCACCUCAGUUGUCUUCGUCGCAUCCUGAGGCUGAACUGGCAGGAUCGAAUCCCCGACACUGAUGUGCUGGAACGGACGGGAAUCCUCAGCAUCUACACCAUGCUGAAGCAAAUUCAGCUGCGCUGGAGCGGCCACCUGGUGCGCAUGGACGACGAGCGACUACCCAAACGACUCUUCUACGGAGACGUCGCGACGGGUUCUCGCCGUCAAGGAGGCCAGAUUCGCCGUUACAAUGAUACCCUGAAGUCCUGCCUGAAACGCCUGCAAAUCAACCCCACCAACUGGGAGGAGCUCGCACUCGAUCGACCGACCUGGAGGAGGACAGGGAAGACAGGCGCUGCGAUCUACGAAGCCAACCGCAUCGCUGCCGCCAAAGCGAAACGUGAAGCCCGCAAAUCACAACUUCGCCCAGUACGCAACGCCGCCGCACAACCGCUUCCAACGUGUCCUCGAUGUCAACGGACAUUCCGGGCUCGAAUCGGACUUGUUGGACAUCUUCGGAUUAACUGCGCCUCUCGAACGGCACCAACCAUCGUCCCCCCGCCCGCCUCUUCCUCCUCCUCCUCUCCACCGCCAACUUACUUUGACAAUUCUUCUAACCCACCACUUCCAUCAUCCUCCCCCUCCUCCUCCUCGCCCACAGCUCCAACGGCGGCCGCUCAGGCGACUGUCCCGCGCACAACAACCGACACUACCACCACCUCCCCCGACUCCAACGAUAAGGAUCAGGACUACACCUGCCCUUACUGCGACCGCACCUUCACCUCACACAUCGGUCUGGUCGGUCACUUGCGAAGCCAUCGCAGAGACUGGCGAACCAGUGCCUGGCGCACCAACCUACACCCACCGCACUCGCCUCCACUGCCCACACUGCCCUCGCACCUUCCGGCAUCGCAUGGGCCUUUUCGGCCACAUGCGCAUACACGAGAGCGGCCUUGA